GCGGUGGCGGGGCCGGGCUCGGGCCGCGAGCUUCCCUCCCGCUUCCCUCCCGCGUCCCUCCGCAGGGUCCGGCGCAGCGACCCGGUGACCGCCGUGCCAGCCCGCGGCCUCCGCGCUACCUGAGCCAAUGCUAGAUCUGGAGGUGGUGCCCGAGCGCUCUCUGGGGAACGAGCAAUGGGAGUUCACCUUAGGAAUGCCGUUGGCUCAGGCUGUAGCAAUUCUUCAGAAACACUGUCGCAUUAUCAAAAACGUCCAGGUUCUCUACAGCGAGCAGUCACCUCUUAGCCAUGACCUCAUCCUUAACCUGACUCAGGAUGGAAUCAAACUGCUGUUUGAUGCUUUCAAUCAGAGACUUAAGGUGAUUGAAGUUUAUGACUUGACUAAGGUGAAGUUAAAAUAUUGUGGUGUCCAUUUUAACUCUCAGGCAAUUGCUCCAACCAUAGAACAAAUUGAUCAGUCAUUUGGAGCAACACAUCCAGGAGUGUAUAACUCAGCUGAGCAACUCUUUCACCUCAAUUUCAGAGGACUGUCGUUUUCUUUUCAAUUAGACUCCUGGACUGAAACUCCAAAGUAUGAGCCUAAUUUUGCCCAUGGUCUGGCCUCUCUGCAAAUUCCGCAUGGUGCGACUGUGAAACGCAUGUACAUCUACAACGGAAACAGUCUGCAGGAUACCAAGGCUCCCUUGAUGCCUCUCAGCUGUUUCCUUGGGAAUGUGUAUGCUGAGAACGUCGAUGUUCUGCGAGAUGGAACUGGACCCUCAGGUUUACGGCUUCGCCUACUCACUGCAGGCUGUGGCCCAGGUGUUUUAGCUGAUGCCAAGAUGCGGGUAUUUGAGCGCUGUGUGUACUUCGGUGAUUCCUGCCAGGAUGUGCUCAGCACCUUGGGCUCUCCACACAAAGUCUUCUACAAGUCUGAAGACAAGAUGAAAAUCCAUUCGCCCUCGCCCCAUAAGCAGGUCCCAUCAAAGUGCAAUGACUACUUCUUCAAUUAUUUCACACUUGGAGUGGAUAUUCUGUUUGAUGCAAACACUCACAAGGUGAAGAAAUUUGUCCUGCAUACAAAUUAUCCUGGUCAUUACAACUUUAACAUUUACCAUCGCUGUGAAUUCAAGAUUCCACUUGUCAUUAAGAGAGAUAGUGCUGAUUCACAAACAGAAACAUGUACAACAUACAGCAAGUGGGACAGUAUUCAGGAUCUACUGGGGCACCCUGUAGAGAAGCCAGUGGUACUGCACAGGUCAUCAUCUCCGAACAACACUAACCCAUUUGGGUCAACCUUUUGCUUUGGACUGCAGCGAAUGAUCUUUGAGGUGAUGCAGAAUAAUCACAUAGCUUCUGUUACUCUGUAUGGCCCCACACGGCCCAGCAGCCAGUUGAGAACGUCGGAGCUUCCCCACACAGACGUGAAGAGACUGUCCCUCCUUCUCAGCUGGCAGAAGGGGGAAAUGGAAGAGGGGCACGUAAUGACUGCAAGAAUUAGAAGCACAAACUUUCUGAGCCUUGGAGCAUCUGGAAGCAGGUGUCACUCCCGUUGAAUCCCUGUUCAAUCUGUGCUGUCUCCUGUGAUCGUUGCUUGCUAAGAAAAUUCUAUGCCUCAAUCUUCCUUUUUGUUUCCUCUCUAAUUUUAAUUUCAUUUUACAUAGCCCUUCUGUAAAUUAAAUGGAAUAAUAAUGAGCAUGUACACUGAAAGAAAAAUAAAAAGAGACUCUCAGUUACUGUUUUUGUGUUAAAUACAGUUGCUGGGUGUUUUUGUAAUAAAAUCAUGGAUGUUCUUG